AUGCUGAACGAUUCACUAAACCGUCGAAAAGCCUCCAGCGUGACCAACACAACUAAGAUCCCAUUACCAGCAAAAACAGUCUAUGAACCGGAACUGGCAGCGUACACUACAGUCGAUGGUGUGAAUCAUCUAUGGCCGAACGAAGCAGUGUGCCUAUUUGACACGAGAAAUGACCUCAUCGUUGGUGUUCUAAUGCGGCCUCUGGAUAAAAAGAGCUCAACAAAAAGUCCCGUAGCUCACAGUAAUUCGUACGUCCCAAUUAUUCUUCUGGGUAUCAUCACCUUUAUUUAUCUGUGCUUUUUCUUCUUUUUUGCCUUCAAACCUCAUCCGCACAGCAACCUGGCGGAAUUGUCGACAAUUGUUGAAGAGGAAAUGGCGCAGCUAUCAGUCAUGGCCAAGAAAGCAGUGAAAUCCCUAAAGGUAUGCUUACUGGUAGUGUUACAAUAA